UGAUUCCGACUGCCAAGUAACCAAUUACAGUGUGAUGAAUGGCCAUCACGUAAAGCAUGACAACAGCGCCCGUCUGUAUAUGUGAACGAGACGUGAACGGUACUGUUUUUCUUUUUAAUAAACCGCCUGUAGACUUUCACAGUUCUAAAUGCUUCGGUUUACAUGUAGAUACCCUCAUUAUGCUACAGUUUUAAGUGUGUUGCUAUUUGGAGCCUUGGUAGCGAUUUAUUUUUACUCUACGUUUAGUUCAAGCAUCGUUGUUUGGUGGGUCAGGUGACGAGCCGUCGAAUCACAGCACAGCACCCAGAAUGCAUUGCAACACACCGUCAUGAAGGGACUCAUCGUUAGGUCGGCUUUAAAUAGCAUACAGAACCUCCAGUAAUUUAACAUUGUCUGCAAGCUCCACAGAUCGUGGCAAGACAAUUGAAUUGAUUAUGGACUUCUUGCCGGGCAAUGAUGAGUUAAUUUGAACAGUAGUGUGUGGCGUGGAUGUGUAUAAUAUCUGAAUGAAUGUGUGUUUCUCAAUGCUAUAAUCUAGAUACAACUGUAUACGGCAUUUCAGAAUGUUUGUAAACAAUAGGCACCAAGAUACUUCCGGGUGGCAGAACGCAAGCUGCUUCCAUUGACCUGAAGAGAUCCAGCCGGCUACUGUAAAAAUAGGUAAAAACAUUGAAGUUGUAACAAUGACGAAAACGUGUUGUGUUUGGGGUUGCGCUGCCAGGUAUACAAAAGGUGUGGGGUUUUAUAGAUUUCCUUCGGGAAAAACUAAAUUGAUCCAGCGGAACUUGUGGGUGAGGAGGUUAAAGCGAGUGGAUGCCGUUACAGAGAAGAUAGCAAGACUGCCUGGUGGCGGAGUAGCCACUUCUAACGGGAGAGACUGGGAACCAAACAUCCACCAUCGUGUUUGUGGAAGACAUUUUCUCACAGGUUGCCCGAACCCUGACCCUGACCACCCUGACUUUGCUCCUUCACAACACCUGGGACCUGAGUUAGCAGAUCCAACCGCAUCUGCUAAGAGAGCAGCAGAUAACCAAGGUCGGUACCAUCGAGCAGUGAGAAGGAGACUGCCUUAUUCUGCUGCUGGACCAGGACCAGAACCAGAGAUUGUGCCUGACAUAGAAGACAACCAGGAAGAAGAAGGGGACAACCAAGACCAUGGGGAACAAUGUCAUCUGUGUGAAAUGCUACAGCAAGAGGUACAUAGGUUGCGUUUAGAGAGAGACUCUUACAAAGACAAGCUGUCAAAAUUGUCCAUCUCUUCAGAACAUUUCAUUGUCACAGAGAAUGAUGCAGCUAGUCAAAUUAAGUGCAAACGGAAAUUCUUUUCAUUUUAUUUUGGACUGCCAUCUUUUGCUGUGUUUAUUUGGAUUCUGAACUUGAUUGCACCACUUAUUUCAGAAAGAAGGGUUAUCUCCAAGGAGAAUCAACUUCUUUUAACUUUGAUGAAGCUCCGACACGGACUUGCCCAUGUAGAUCUUGGUUUCCGGUUUGGUGUGUCCUCUGCAUGUGUUUCAAAUGUUAUGAGUUUUUCAUUGACAGGCCAUUCAAUCUCAGGGCUAGAGCCCAGACCUGGUCGAAUUAUAAACACCAUAAUACUCUUAAGGCUCUAAUAGGUAUCACGCCCUAUGGCUCAAUAUCAUUUAUUUCCAAAAUGUGGGGAGGGAGGAUAUCAGAUAAAGAGAUCAGUGGUAAGUCUGGCUUUUACAGUAACAUUAAUCCAGGCAAUCAGGUGAUGGCAGAUAGAGGUUUUCUGAUAGGUGACGACCUGGCUAGACUUGGUGCCACACUGGUGAUGCCUCCAUUCUUGAAGGGGAGAAAGCAGUUACCUGGGCUUGAUGUUGAGAGGGCCCGCCAACUCUCAGCAUUGCGUAUUCAUGUGGAGCGAGCUAUUGAACGGAUCAAGAUCUUUAGAAUUCUAAAAAACACACUCCCUCUGACCCUUGUUCCUCUCUCCAGUGACAUAUUGAUCGUCUGUUGUGCUCUAAGUAAUCUUAGACCUAAACUUAUUAAAUAAUACUGCUACCGGACUUCAAUUACUUUCCUCUCACUCUUUAACACAUUGAUAAGCUAGAAUCUCUUGUGAAAAGAUAUUUGAAUCAAAACCCUUUGCUCCUUUACUUUGUUGUACUU